CCCUUGCACCUGCCGCUUUGGGCAUAUGCCAACUCUUUGGCUUUCUUUGUUCCACCGGACUAGUCCCUCAAUCUGCCUCGUAUAAGUAUAAAAUCUGUGAUACUUUGCUUUCCUGUGCCAGAGUCCAUCUUGGAAGCAUAUGAGGCGCAAUCAUGGCAAACGACAGAGUGGUUCUCAUCUCAGCGAAGCCUGAUGAGGACGUGUCCGUGGCAAGUGAUGCUCCUCAUGAAAACAAAUGGUAUGAUGGAAGAGACUUUGACGGGUACCGGAUAACGGAGCAAUUGCUGUAUGAGAAGCGCAAGGUGCGAGUUAUUUGUGUCGGAGCCGGUGCCACAGGGAUCCAAUUUGCAUAUAAAGCCGAACGAAACUUGGAAAACGUCGAUAUUCAGAUCUACGAAAAGAAUGACGACGUUGGUGGCACGUGGCUCGAGAAUCGGUACCCUGGAUGUACAUGUGACAUUCCAAGCCACAGCUAUCAAUUCACCUGGGCAAAGAAUCCCAAUUGGUCGCGAUACUAUUCUGGCUCGGAAGAGAUAUGGCAGUAUCUCAAGGACAUCGCCGUCAAGUAUGAUCUGGAGAAGUAUGUCAAGUUCAAGACCACGGUCCAGUCAGCAACUUGGGACGAAGAAGAAGGAUUGUGGCGGUUGCAGCUCAUCGGCCCUGAUGGAGUGGCCUUUGAGGAUAGCUGCAAUGUUCUGGUUAACGGAUCUGGAGUAUUGAACACUUGGAAAUGGCCCAACAUUCCAGGAUUAGAGACCUUCGAGGGGAAGCUGAUGCACAGCGCAGCAUGGGAUGGCAAUUACGACCUCAAAGGAAAGAGGGUAGCCGUCAUUGGAGGUGGAUCAUCUUCUGUUCAGAUUGUCCCUUCUAUCCAACCACACGUCUCCAAACUUUACGCAUUUCUUCGGUCCCCAGUAUGGAUCACGACUGGUUUUGGAGCAAAAUACGCUGGGCCUGGAGGCACCAACUUUUCAUAUUCCGAGGAUCAGAAAAAAGAAUGGCAAGAUAAUCCUGACAAGCAUGCAGAGUAUUGCCGAGAUGUGGAAGGCGAAUUGAACAAGCGUUUUACAUUGAUGCACCUGAAAGCAAAAGAUCAAAAAGCCUCACGAGACCUGGUGGCGGAUAUCAUGUCAGAGCAGCUUGGACACGACGAAAAGCUAACCAGACAUAUGAUUCCUCCCUUUGCCUUGGGCUGUCGACGAAUGACACCUGGAUCUGGAUAUCUGCAGUCCUUGCGGGAGGAAAAUGUUCAAGUGGUGCCAGAAUCAGCCACUCGAUUGACAAAAACUGGUAUCGUUGAUGAAUCAGGAAAGGAGUAUGAAGUUGAUGUGAUUAUAUGUGCUACAGGGUUCGACACGAGCUUUACACCACAUUUCCAGGUGUAUGGACGCAACCAGUCUGAGAUCCAUGAACAAUUUGGCGACUUUCCUGUCGGAUACAUGGGGAUUGCAGCAGAAAACUUCCCAAAUCUGUUUCUGUUGAUCGGACCCAAUGGACCGGCGUCGCAUUCGAGUAUCCUCCCCAUUCUGGAGUGGUAUACCAGAUAUGUCUUCCAGGCGAUUGAAAAGAUCCAAACGGAGCGAAUCAAAGCAAUAGAGCCUAAGAAGGAGGCGAUCAAGGACUUGUACAAUCACACGCAUGAGCUGAUGAAGCGAUUGGUGUGGUCUUCGGCGUGUCGAUCAUGGUUUAAGAAUGGCAAGACUCAUGGACCUGUGACGGCAAUAUAUCCUGGAAGUCGACUACAUUUCUUUGAAGUGAUGAAGAACGUGAGGUGGGAGGAUUAUAACAUUACUUAUUGCUCUGACAACCGAUAUGCGUUUAUGGGCAAUGGUUAUACGCACAAGGAAGUCGAUCCUGAUGGAGAUCCAGUAUGGUAUUUUGAUGAUCCUUUCAUGGGGAGGUAAUGGGGGAUUGGGAUCGAGAGCAAGUGAAG